AUGCAUUUGACAUUUCUACGAAUACCGAUUCGUAGUGCUUUUCAAAAACGUGUCGCCACCACCUCACAAAAUAUUUUUCAAACUCCGCGAAUAAAUCAAUUUCCUUUUAGAACACAUCAAUUGCAAUUGCCUAGUUUAUACAGAAUGUGCUCCAGUCAAUCAAACCCACAGGAAAGAGAAGUCUUACCUACGAACGUGACCCCAUUGCAUUAUGAUUUAACGUUGGAACCAAAAUUUGAUACUUUUAAAUUCAAUGGUCAAGAAACAAUUGACUUUCAUGUUAAUGAGAGAACCGAUUUUAUUACAUUGAAUUCAUUGGAGAUUGAGGUUCAAGAAGCCAAGCUUGAUGAGGUUCCCAUCAAGGAUAUUACCUAUGAUACUGAUAAACAAACUGUUACUUUCAAAUUGCCAGACCACUUGGUCAAAGAUGCACAAGCUCAAUUGCAUUUGAAGUUUAUUGGUGAAUUGAAUGACAAAAUGGCUGGUUUCUAUAGAUCAACCUAUAAGGAAGAUGGCAAAACAAAGUACUUGGCAACUACUCAAAUGGAACCAACCGACUGUCGUAGAGCAUUUCCAUCUUAUGAUGAACCCUCAGCCAAGGCAAAAUUCACCAUUUCUUUAAUUGCUGAUGAAGGGUUGGUUUGUUUGUCUAACAUGGAUGAAAAGGAGACCAAUUUGAUUGGUGAACACAAGAAAAAGGUCACUUUCAACACGACUCCAUUAAUGUCAACCUACCUUGUUGCAUUUAUUGUUGGUGAUUUAAAGUAUGUUGAAAAUAAUGACUACCGCGUCCCAAUCAAGGUUUAUGCAACCCCAGGAUCAGAACAUUUAGGUCAGUACUCGGCCGACAUUGCUGCCAAGACCUUGGCAUUUUUUGAUAAAAAGUUUGACAUUCCGUACCCAUUGCCAAAGUGUGAUAUGGUUGCCAUUCACGAUUUCUCAGCCGGUGCUAUGGAAAAUUUUGGUUUAAUCACUUAUAGAACUGUUGAUUUAUUGAUUGAUCCUGAAAACACUAACGUCAACACCAAGCAAAGAGUAACGGAGGUUGUCAUGCACGAAUUGGCACAUCAAUGGUUUGGUAACUUGGUGACAAUGGACUUUUGGGACGGAUUGUGGUUGAAUGAAGGCUUUGCCACUUGGAUGUCCUGGUAUGCUUGUGAUGCGUUAUACCCAGACUGGAAAGUCUGGGAAUCUUAUGUGUCCGAUUCCUUGCAGCAAGCUUUAACUUUGGAUGCCUUGAGGGCUUCCCAUCCUAUUGAGGUUCCAGUAAAGAGAGCCGAUGAAAUUAAUCAAAUUUUCGACGCAAUUUCGUAUUCCAAAGGUUCAUCUUUAUUGAAAAUGAUUUCAAGAUGGUUGGGUGAAGAUGUGUUUAUCAAAGGGGUCUCUAAUUAUUUGAAAAAGCACAAAUGGGGCAAUACGCAAACCUUGGACUUGUGGAAAGCAUUGAGCGAAGCUUCAGGCAAGGAUGUGGUCAAGGUUAUGGAUAUUUGGACAAAAAACAUUGGUUUCCCGAUUGUCAAGGUUGAAGAAGAGGGAAAUACAAUUAAGGUUACGCAAAACCGUUUCUUGGCCACUGGUGAUGUCAAACCAGACGAGGAUACAGUAUUGUACCCAGUGUUCUUGGGCUUAAAAACUAGCAAAGGUCUUGACGAGUCAUUGGUUUUGAAUGAUAGAUCCUCUACAUUCAAGUUACCAACUGAUGACGAUUUCUUCAAAAUCAACGGCGAUCAAGCUGGAAUUUACCGUACUGCUUAUGAACCAUCAAGAUGGAACAAGUUGGGAAAAGCUGGUGUUGAUGGUAAACUCUCAGUUGAGGAUCGUGUUGGUUUAGUUGCUGAUGCUGGUUCGUUAGCCUCCUCAGGCUUUAUCAAAACUUCAAGCUUGUUAGAUUUGGUCAAGUCAUGGUCUAAAGAGUCCAACUAUGUCGUUUGGGAUGAAAUUUUAACCAGGAUUGGAUCCAUCAAGGCAGCUUUGUUGUUUGAGGAUGAAACUACCAAGAAUGCCUUGAAGGCAUUCACUAGGGACCUAAUUGGUGUAAAAUUGAAUGAAAUUGGAUGGGACUUUAAAGAUUCCGACUCAUUUGCAGAUCAACAAUUGAAAAGCUCGUUGUUUGCCUCUGCAGCAAACUCCGAUGACCCUAAAGCAGUUGAAUUUGCCAAAGAUACAUUUAAAAAGUUUGUUGCUGGUGAUAAAAAAGCCAUUCAUCCCAACUUGAGAGCCACCAUUUUCAACAUCAAUGCCAAAAACGGUGACAAAAAGACCUUUGAUGAAAUCUUCAACAUUUACAAGAACCCACAAUCAAUCGAGGAGAAAAUUGCUGCUUUGCGUGCGUUGGGUAGAUUUGAGAAACCAGAGAUUAUGGACAAAGUUACUGGGUUGUUAUUGCAAACUGAUGUUAUCAAACAACAAGACAUCUAUAUCCCAAUGCAAGGUUUGAGAUCACACGCUGGUGGUGUUAUCAAGUUGUGGCAAUGGUUAAAGGAAAAUUGGGACGAGGUUUACGAAUUGUUGCCACCCGGAUUAUCAAUGUUGGGAUCAGUUGUCACUUUGGGAACUUCUGGAUUCACCAAGGAACAUCAAAAGAACGAUGUUGAAGAGUUCUUCAGCUCAAAAGAUACGAAAGGAUACAACCAAGGUUUGGCUCAAUCAUUGGAUAUUAUCACCGCCAAGGGCAAAUGGGCCGACCGUGACUCAAAGUUGAUUUUAGAGUGGCUUUCCGCUAACGGAUAUAAUUCUAUGUAG